GCUGCCGCCGCCUCCUCCUCCUCCCGGUCGGGACUGAAAGCAGCUGGGGCUGAGAAACGAAGCCAAGCGGAGCCGAAGCCGCCUCGACUCGCGUUGUUUUCCGAGCCCGCGAGGCUAGCCAGGCGCUUCACUGCACGGCGGGGCUUCUGCCGCAGGCUUGAAGAAGAAGAAAGAUGGCAUCGGGCUGCCUGAAAGUCACAAAAUAUUUCCUUUUCCUCUUCAACCUCCUUUUCUUUAUCCUGGGUGCUGUCAUCCUAGGUUUUGGAAUAUGGAUUUUGGUUGACAAAACAAGCUUCAUUUCAGUUCUGCAGACCUCCUCAUCUUCUUUAAAAGUUGGGGCAUAUAUUCUCAUUGGAGUUGGAGCUGUCACCAUGUUAAUGGGAUUCCUGGGCUGUGUUGGAGCAGUCAAUGAGAUUCGCUGCCUCUUGGGACUGUACUUUACCUGCCUGUUGCUGAUCCUUAUAGCCCAGAUAGCUGCUGGCCUGCUUAUCUACUUCCAGAGGAAUGCACUUGAAGCAGAAAUGUCUGGGAUUGUCAGUGACCUCAUCCAGAAUUAUGAUCCUUACGAUGACAACAAUAGGACCCUUGAAAAUGCUUGGGACUAUGUCCAGUCACAACUGCAGUGCUGUGGUUGGACUGGGCCAGAAACUUGGAGAAACAACACAGUUCUUCAGGAAAAAAAUCAGACUUUCUAUCCUUGCUCUUGCUCCAAUGACUCCUUUAGCUCCCUGGCCGAAGUGGGUUUCUGCUCUCUGAAUAUUAUUUCCAACUCCACAACAGUUGAUGACUGGUCAGUUAAAAAGCAGGGAUGUAUGAAAGGUGUGCAGAAUUGGUUACAAGACAACCUUGGCAUCAUCCUUGGAGUGUGCACAGGGGUUGCUGUCAUUGAGCUGCUGGGAAUGGUGCUCUCUAUCUGCCUUUGCAAGAACAUUCACACUGAAGACUACACCAAAGUGCCCAAGUACUGAGAGACUGCUGGUCCUGAGAGCUGUCCUAGAACAAAUGGAACAUCCCUUCCUAAGCCCAGACUGUCUUCAUCCCUCCCCUUCCUCUGGUGACAUACAGUUCUGGUGCAGUUCAAUUAGGCUGUGCUGCACUGACGAAUUAUUUGAGGGACCAGGGGCAUGGGCAGCCUCCUGUUAUCUCUUGACUGUUCUUUUAUGAAACAGGCCACUUAAAUCUUCUUCUCCCUGUGAGAUACCCUGCACCUUUAUUGCCAGCACCUCUUCCUUCCUUCCUUUUAUCCACAUUUGUCCAUUGUGACUAAGCUUAGAAUAUUCCCAUAUUCCAGUUGUUGCAGCUAUUUGCUCUAUGUACAUAAUCCUUAUUCUGUUCAUCGAGGAAGAAUUGGGGGUGGGGGGGUGGGGGCUCUAGCUGUUGUGGUUUGAUAUUUUUUUAAUCACAUGCUUUUAGAAACACAUGCUGUAGAGAGGAGCAUCAUUCCUCUAAAUAAUCUGAUGCCUCUAUUUUUUUUAGCUUCAGUUUGUCUGAUCUAUUGAAUUGACACCAGUCAGAUCAAGAAUUGGAUUGUAAGGCACAAGCUUAAAAUACCACCAGUUACCUUUUGAACAGGGAUGUAUGGUAUGGAAAAUCUGAUAGAAUUUUUCUCACUUCUGCCAUACUCCUCCCUUCUGGAGCCCAUUACAUUGGAGACAUUUUAGUGACUGUGUCUCCCAAGGAUGAGUCUGCCUUGGCUCACUGAAAUCUAUUCCUGGGUUGCCAACUUUACUUGAGGUGGUGAUGGAGUCUAUAUAUAUAUAUAUUACCAUUCAUGUCAAUAUGAAUCUUUUGUAAUUUUGUCUUCUCUUUGUUAUGGUGAACAUACACGGAAUGAAUUACUCUUCAUGCCAGUGGUGGCAGGGAACACUUGUUCUGGCCUUUAGUUUAUGUGUACUAUGGAAAGUACAUAGCUCUUCUUGCCUCUCUGGUUGGGGAUCAUGUGACCUUGGAGUCAACUGUAGUUUCCACCAGAACCCAUGUUGCAGGAGUCACUGUGAAGAGCUUAUUGUUGAUAUUUUUACUGGGAGAUGCUUCUCUGUGCAAAAGCCAUGCGAACGUCUGUUCUAAGGUGAAUGCAAGGAAACAGCUCAGUUUCAUAAGGGAAAUCUCUCCCUCUGGGUUGGGGAAAGGCUGCUACUACAUAAAACUGUGAAAAAGAAAUAAAGAUUGUGGUCACAGUACGAUUAGCAUUCACUCUUGAGACCCAUGGCACUGAUUUGGCAUGGAGGGCUUCCAUAUGAGGUGUGCCAAAGAAGGCAACCAGGAAAAGUUAUGGAGAUCACAUGUCCAGAACUUCAGACUUCUUACAUUAACAAUUAUUAAUGUAUAGAUCAAAGCACGGAUGCCAUGUUCCAUCAUAUCACAGCAUAGAAGGUAGUUUUUGCAAAUAGGAGGCUUAAGCUUUAAUCUAUAGGAGGAGAAUGAAAUGGGUCUGCAGACUAAAUUUACUGCCUGUGGAGAACACCCAGAUCCCCAUGCUUCCCUACCUUUCAAAUGUUCCUAUUUCUUAGUUAUAACAAGGGGUGAUUGUUAUCAUUUUGCUAGAUCCUGUGCAGUAAAACAGAGUUGGAUGAUUCAUGAAGGAUGUUUCAGGGUCCAUCAUUUGAAUCUUUUCACAUUAAAAUUCUAGCAAACAGCAGAAUUGAAAUAACGGUCCAGGUUUGCUCUUGUCCCGCUGCCACCAUCCACCAGCCUGUGUUUGAUUUUUGAAUGGAUUGUAAUGCUAGGUUGUAUAGGCAUUUCUUUGUGCUUCAUUUGAUAAACUUCACUGAUAAGCUGUU